AUGAACUCAUGCAAGCCAUGUGAAACCCCGGUUGAUACUUCUUCAAAGUUAAGUGCCACGGAGGGUGAUUUGCUGCCCGAUGGCACAUUAUAUCGCAGCCUCGCAGGUGCGUUACACUACCUUACGUUUACGCGGCCAGAUAUCUCUUAUGCAGUGCAACAGGUAUGCCUUUUCAUGCAUGCUCCAAGGGAGCCACAUUUUGCUUUCAUGAAGCGGAUUAUUCGAUACAUUCAAGGUACUAUUCAUUACGGUUUACGCUUAACGGUAUCUCCGGCCACCACCCUCACGGCUUACUCGGACGCUGAUUGGGGUGGAUGUCCGGAUUCUCGACGUUCAACUUCGGGUUAUUGUGUUAAUCUUGGUGAUAAUCUCGUUUCAUGGUCUUCAAAACGACAACCUACAGUAUCUCGUUCUAGUGCUGAGGCAGAAUACCGGGGCGUCGCUAAUGCGGUUGCUGAAACAAGUUGGUUACGCAACCUUUUACUUGAGUUACAUGUUCCUCUUCGCCAUGCAACAAUUGUGUAUUGUGAUAAUGUAUCCGCGGUUUAUCUCUCGGAGAACCCAGUUCAACAUUAG